AUGUGGAGGGAGCCACAGAGAGGGUCCAAGCGUUUCUGAGAAGAGAGGCUGCCUCUUCCAGGAACAAAGUGGUGUCUGCUGGCUGCCUGGCCUGGGAACCUUCUGUGAAUUAAAGGGGACAAAAUGCGCGGUCGUGGUUCGCUACAGUGAUUGAGAAGAGGGAAGAGACAGGCAGAGGGAGAAGUCGCACCUUGGAGCAAGGCUGUGUUGUUGCAUCCCGCUGUUGCCCUUUCUCUGCUCCGCUCCUGUUCCUGCAUCUGCAUCUGCUCUCAGCCAUCAGCUCAAAUACCUGAUGGUCCAUUGUCCUGAGGAUUAUAAUGAAACUGGGACACAAUAGAAGUCUGGAGUUUUGAGAGAAUGGUAGCCUUUAUAAAGACAGCGAGGAGCUUGGCAUAAACAGAGGCAAAGGAGAGGAGCACGCUGCCACUCUGUGGGUGUUGAUUGAAAACUUCGAUCUCCUCACCCAUUUAAGGUUGAUCUGAAGGAUUUCUCACUUGAUCACCGAGAGUAUUUCAAUUAAGGUCUCCUUAGAUGGAAUGUCAUAAACCAAAGUCUUCCAAAGUGUCAAUGUGUGAACUACUGUCACUGCACUAAAACAGAAAGCUCAGUGGUCGCAGACACCUCAACCCUGGAUCCCACAACUCUACAUUAAAUACUGGAGUAUUUAUUACUCUUCUGUAGGAGAAAGCCUUUGCCAAUGCUUACAAGGAACUCUUUAUACCUACUUCUCUGGAUCCUGUUUGAUGGAGGUCUCCUAACACCACUUCAGCCACAGCCCCAACAGACUUUAGCCACAGAACCAAAAGAAAAUGUUAUCCACCUUUUGGGAAGACGAUCCCAUUUUCAACGAGUUAAACGUGGCUGGGUAUGGAAUCAGUUUUUUGUGCUGGAAGAGUACAUGGGCUCCGAACCUCAAUAUGUGGGAAAGCUACAUUCUGACUUGGACAAGGGAGAGGGCACUGUUAAAUACACUCUCUCUGGAGAUGGUGCUGGCACUGUUUUUACAAUUGAUGAAACUACAGGAGACAUUCAUGCAAUUAGAAGCCUGGAUAGAGAAGAAAAACCUUUCUACACUCUGCGUGCUCAGGCAGUGGACAUAGAAACCAGGAAGCCAUUGGAGCCUGAAUCAGAGUUCAUCAUUAAAGUUCAGGAUAUUAAUGACAAUGAGCCAAAAUUUUUGGAUGGACCUUAUGUUGCUAGUGUCCCAGAAAUGUCUCCUGUGGGUGCAUAUGUGCUGCAGGUCAAGGCCACAGAUGCAGAUGAUCCCACCUAUGGAAACAGUGCCAGAGUUGUGUACAGCAUCCUUCAGGGGCAGCCUUAUUUCUCUAUUGAUCCCAAGACAGGUGUCAUUAGAACAGCAUUGCCAAACAUGGACAGAGAAGUCAAGGAGCAGUACCAGGUCCUCAUUCAAGCGAAGGACAUGGGAGGACAGCUUGGAGGACUAGCUGGAACUACAAUUGUCAACAUCACCCUCACUGAUGUCAAUGACAACCCACCUCGAUUCCCAAAAAGCAUCUUCCAUCUGAAAGUUCCCGAGUCUUCCCCUGUUGGUUCAGCUAUUGGAAGAAUAAGAGCAGUAGAUCCUGAUUUUGGAAAAAAUGCAGAAAUUGAAUACAACAUUGUCCCAGGAGAUGGGGGAAAUUUGUUUGAUAUUGUCACAGAUGAGGAUACACAAGAAGGAAUCAUCAAAUUGAAAAAGCCUUUAGAUUUUGAAACAAAGAAGGCAUAUACUUUUAAAGUAGAGGCCUCCAACCUUCACCUUGACCACCGCUUUCACUCUGCUGGGCCAUUUAAGGAUACUGCUACAGUAAAAAUCAGUGUGCUGGAUGUGGAUGAGCCGCCAGUAUUCAGCAAGCCACUUUACACCAUGGAAGUUUAUGAAGACACUCCUGUGGGGACCAUAAUUGGAGCCGUCACAGCACAAGACCUUGAUGUGGGCAGUAGUGCUGUUAGGUACUUCAUAGAUUGGAAGAGUGAUGGGGAGAGCUAUUUUACAAUAGAUGGAACGGAAGGAACCAUCGCCACUAAUGAAUUACUAGACAGAGAGAACACGGCACAGUAUAAUUUCUCCAUAAUUGCAAGUAAAGUUAGUAACCCAUUAUUAACUAGCAAAGUUAACAUACUAAUUAAUGUCCUAGAUGUCAAUGAAUUUCCUCCAGAAAUAUCUGUGCCAUAUGAGACAGCUGUGUGUGAAAAUGCCAAGCCAGGACAGAUAAUUCAGAUAGUUGGUGCUGUAGACCGAGAUCUCUCACCUGCUGGGCAGCAAUUCUCCUUUAGGUUAGCACCAGAGGCUGUCAUCAAACCAAAUUUUACAGUUCAUGACUUCAGAAACAACACAGCUGGAAUUGAAACCCGACGAAAUGGCUACAGCCGCAGGCAGCAGGAGUUGUACUUCCUUCCCAUUGUAAUAGAAGACAGCAGUUACCCUGUCCAGAGCAGCACGAGUACAAUGACUAUUCGUGUUUGUAGAUGUGACUCUGAUGGGACCAUUCUGUCUUGCAACGUGGAAGCAAUUUUUCUACCUGUAGGACUUAGCACUGGAGCUUUGAUUGCAAUCCUACUAUGCAUUGUUAUACUCUUAGCUAUUGUUGUGCUGUAUGUAGCACUGAGGAGGCAGAGGAAGAAAGAUACCCUUAUGACUUCUAAAGAAGACAUCAGAGACAAUGUCAUCCAUUAUGAUGAUGAAGGUGGUGGAGAGGAAGACACUCAGGCCUUUGACAUUGGGGCUCUGAGAAAUCCCAAGGUGAUUGAAGAGAACAAAAUUCGCAGGGAUAUAAAACCUGACUCCCUCUGUUUACCUCGUCAGAGACCACAAGUGGAAGACAACACAGACAUAAGGGAUUUUAUUCAUCGAAGGCUACAGGAAAAUGAUGCAGAUCCAGCUGCUCCGCCAUAUGAUUCCUUGGCCACUUAUGCUUAUGAGGGGAAUGGGUCAGUGGCAGAGUCACUCAGCUCCAUAGACUCUCUCACUACAGAAGCUGACCAGGACUAUGAUUAUCUAUCAGACUGGGGACCCCGCUUUAAGGUCUUGGCAGACAUGUUUGGAGAAGAAGAGAGUUACAACCCCGACAAUGUUACCUAAGGGAGAAGGAAAGGCUGAUACACAUAUAGAGGAGAAAGUUUUGACAAAAGUAAAACACAAACAGACACACACACACACACACACACACACACACACACACACACACACACAUACAAACACACUUCCAGAUUUUGCAGGACAAGACUUUUUUGAUUAUCCAGUUUCUAACAAGUUGCUCUAUUUAUCAUGUCAUUUUGGUUCAUUCUGUAGACACAAGGUAAAUCCUAUAAUAUGUACUCGCUUUUGUUUUGUUUUGGUUUGUUUUGUUAUUUCAGAAACACACUGAGAUGAGCUCAGGCCUAUUAAAUGCAAUUCACUAACAUGACAACCUAGAAUGAAGAUAGCUGUGUAGCGUCACAGUGGAAGAGUGUGUGAUUUUUCUUAAUUCCACUAAAGUGCCUAUUGAAACUCUUCUCAUUAUAGUGGUGUUCAUAACACUCUGCUGUGAUAGCUUGGCAGGAGUCAGAAAUAAGGAGGAACAAAGCAAAGAGUGUCUCUAUGUCAAGGAGCAAUAGUGACAUGCUGACUCUCAUUUCUUUUAAGAAUAGAGAAUGCUUCCCACACUCCAUCAUCUUAUAUGGCAAAGCUUUUCCUUUUGUAAGUUGUAAACUGAAACAAAAAUGCUUCUCCUAUCUUUCAGAAGCUGGAACAAAUGAGACAUUAUUAAAUUCAAUAUGUAAGUUAUGAAUUCUAAGAGCAAUGCUUAAGUCAUAGCAUUAGUUAAUGUAAAAGUUGUUAAUUAAGCUGUUAGUUUUUCCAAAAAAAAAAAAGCCCAACAAAUAAAAUUAUACAGAAGGAAAUAAAAAUAAUCCCUCUUUAUAAAGAGAGGCCUCAGGGCUCAAAUUCCAACAUCAAAUAAAUAUUGAUUUGUUUAAUUCUAUACUGGUAUGUUGACAUUGGUUUUAACAAGUCAUUAAAUCAGUUAAGAUUUCAGUCAUAGAUAAAAUUUCAGCUUGUGUUUCUCCUGAAAUUUCUGAAAGGAAAUAUAUGAUUAAUGUAAACAUGAGUAAACUUCAACAUUGUAAUACUCAGAGUUUCUGUCUAGUGGUUCUUUGAUGAAUGAUUCAAACAAAAUGCCUAUCAAAUACUGUAAUUUAUAACAAGUUUAUAUGUUUAUUCUAUACUAUUGAGCAAAUAAGUCAGGGACCUCAAAAAUAAAACCAAUGACUAAAUCCCAAAGGGAGCAAAAGUUUAAUGCCAGGCAGCUGAUUCCCUUUCUCUAGGGAUGUGGAUUUGAACGUUGUGAACUCAGUUAUUAUAUCAGCCCAGAGUCACCUCGUCAUUAUCUCAUUUACAAAUAUCCUCAUGUAAAUUACUUCUUAUAACUCUGCAGAUAAAAAAUCUCCAGUUUAUGGAAAUAUCUAAGUAAUGAUAGAGUUUGUGACUAUAUUUGUAAUAAACAUAGUUCAAAACAGUUCCAUAUAGAUAAUACAUUGUCUAAAUAUUCACAGGAUACAACAGAUGCAAAUUUACCAUAAAGUAACAUCUAUUCUUAACAAUGCAUUUGGAAUAACUGACAAUUUCUACUUAUGAAUACGUUGGAAAAAAUUAAAGAUAAAGAGCUGUGUAUCACAUAUGGCUAUUAUCUAGUUUUAUGAUAAAUUUCUAUGAAUAUCAUUAUUAUUUGUGAGGUUAUGAAGAUAAAAACUCACACACUAUGGAAUCGAAGAAAUUUACAAAAUUAGACAAGUUAAUUUUAGGCACAUUCUAAAAUGCAUAUUUUAAAUUAUAUAUGGUGUAGAAAUAUGCCCCCUUAUUUCUGUGUUCACCAAUUUUUAGACUCUCUUUCUUUCCUUAGGAACGGGAGAUUUAACUUUUGUUUUCAGUCAGCACUCCAUACCUCUCAUUUCAAUUUUCAUGUAAUAAACAAAUGUAUUCAGUAUUUUACAUUUCAGAAAAAUGUUUUAUAGAUCUUAUAAUUGGCAUGCUAGAGAAGAAAAAAGGUAAUAUGACUUGUUUCUUGAAGACCACACCUUAUUAAGACCUUGUCAAAGACUAUUACACUUUGUAUGUUGACUGGAAAUAAAGUGGCCUUCUCAUGAAGUUGCUAGCAGAAGCCAUGAUGAUCUGAAAAUUUGAGAGACAGAUGAUUUCAAACCACAUAACUAAGAAGGUAGUAAAAUAUGCAAUGUAUGGCUCUUAGUUCUCAUCAUACUCAUAACUUUGUAACUUCCUACAUUACUUCAUUAGCUCAAAACAAAUGAUCACAGACAAAGUGAGCAGCAACAGCUUAUUUCCCCAGCUCUGAUAGCAGGUUUCCUCUGACCAUCGUCUCCUGGUCAUGGAGAAGAUCGCCUUUUCUUUCCCACAUGGUUUCAUCUCUGUGCUUGUUUCUGUUUCUCUUCUUACAAGGGUACUCUUUAUAUUAGAGCAGCAUCUACUCACAGGUCCUCUGUUUGCCUUGUUUAAUAAUAACGGCCUUACCACCAAAUCCUAUUUGGGUUGGUACUACAGCAUGUGGAUUCAUGCAAUCCCAGUCUGACGAUAUUAACAAUGUUUAUUUUCUAAAUAGCAUUUUAUUUACAACAACCAAUGAAAGAAACACAAAAAACAAGUAGAAUGAUAAAAAUAAUAUAUGACGUGGCAAGAAGAUCCUUUGGUGCUUAUAAUUUGAGGAACUAUGAUAUCUUUUAGGCUACUGGAAGAACUAAGCCCAGUAUUUCAAUACCUGUAAUACCUUGGGAUGUUUUUCAUUCAAAAAACAGGUGUUGACCGUCAUUCAAGCAUUAAGCAAUAUAAAAAUGUUAAAAAUUUGUAUGAAUGAUUUUAGCUAUAUACAAACAGCAAUUUUGUUAUUGGCAUGCAUGUCUAUCUUUAUAGAGCUACAUAUGUACAUAUAUAUAACUUAUAUGUUGCUUUCAAUGCUACUCAAAGAAGUGUAUAGUCAGCAUCCAAAAGUGAAGCAGUGUUGAUUGAUGUACUAGAAAUAAUCUGUGUGUUUUGAACCAUUCCCCUCUUUUGACUCUAAAGUCCUAUCAAUCAAAUUCCUUGGCUUUCAUUCUUUUAUUUUCUUUAGUAAAACCAGUUUCCUAUAUUCAUUGUUGUGUACAAUUAAUCAGAAAUUUUCUUGUCAUUAAAUUACAGUAAUGUUUGAAGUAACUCAAAUAGCUUACCUACAGACUAUGCUAAUUUUAAAAUGCAAGAUAAAUAUGUCAUAGUACAUAAUUUUUUGAAUCAUGUAAGUAUUUGAUUGAUCAUUCAUCAAAACUCACUAGUUCUACUUAGAAAACCACACAUUUUUAAUCAAUAUACCUGAAAAUUCUGUGAAAUCAAGAAAUGAAAAAGGGUACAGGAAGAGAGAAAAAGGAUCCUGAAAUACAUGAAUACAGAUAUUAUGUGAGGAUGUUCUCAUUCCUUAGAUAUUAUGCUAAAAAGUCUACACCUGUAGAAAAUCUGGGGUUGGUUUGCAACAUCUUGGUGUAGCAGUUAAUUUGCACAAGCUCCGGGUUCCCUCCCAGGGCCACAAAUACCGAAAAAAUGAUAAUAAUAAUGGUGAUAAUAAUAAACAAUAUCCUAAAGCAGAUGUAAAUAUGAAAACAUGCUAUUUCAGUAGAUCCCUGACUAAACCUAUUUCUAAUGACAGAAGUGUUUUAAAUUAGUAACCGCAUUAUGUUACUAGCAAAAUGACUGAUUGUAUGACAGAAUAUUAUUUACAUAAGAUCCUUUGUUUAAUCAUUUUUCUCCUUAGCCUCUAAAAUGUGCUAGUUUGGCUAGCUGUCCAAAAACUUAUUUAGAACAAUUGUUUCCUCAAUACACUAAAAUCAUUUUGAGGGAAUGAAAAAUUGCUCAGCUUUAAAAGAACCUGCUGCUCUUCAAGUGUAUCUGUGUUCAUUCCCAGAACUCACAUCAAAAUGGCUCAGAGCUGUCAUUAAGUCCCAUACCAGGGGAUUUGAUACCCACUUCUGAGGUUAAAAGACACCUGGGUGGAUAGACAUAUCCAGAUAUCUGCACAUGGAUAAAGAUAUAUGCAUAUGAUUAAAAGUUUAAAAAAUUAUUUGGAAAAGUUUAUUUUCUCUCAAGUUCUAUCAUCAACUCACUAGUGAACGAGAAAGAUGCUUGUAUCCAUCAUUAAUCAAAGGGCACAUGGUAUUGUGUAUGGGACUAUUAAUCAUUUUCCUACUCUCAGUGUUAAGAAGUUUCAUGUUAAGUCAGAAUGCAUCUUUUGUCAUUCUCAUAAUUCAAUAAUUGUUCACCCUUUUAGUAUGGAGGCUUGGUACUCUGUGAACUUUAUCUUUACUCUUUCUGGUAGACUUUGUGUUUUGUCCUUUUUGUAAUUUUAAUUCUUGGGUAUUUUUUUUACAUAUUCUAUGUUUAAUAGUAAAUUGUGUUGUCUUUUUAAUUUAAUUUAUAUGUAUAUAUUAUCCAUUUUGUGAUGAUCCUAUCAUCUAUAUCUUUUAGGUAUAAUCAUCUUCAUAGGAAUUUUCCUGCAUAUUUUGUUAUGACUCUGUUCUGUUUGUUUUUGUUCUAUUUUGAUAUCUAGACCAUAUGAGUUUUGUUUUGAGUUUCUUAUUGUUUUAAUUCUAGCUCCUUAUACAAUUUUAUGUUCAUUUUUCUCUCUAAUUUGAAUCAGCAAAGAGGGUAGGAAAAGGAAUCAUAUUAUGUUAGAUUUCCCUUGAAACAUGCCUUCAGCAUCAUCCCUUAUUCCAAUUUUGUGCUAUGCUCAAAAUAUCUAGGUUCUGAAAUAUUUGUGUUCCCUGUGAGAGUCUGAGCUAAUAGACUGGAGGCUUCUCUGCUUCAACAUGUGAAAACUCACUGUCUAUGUUCACGUUCAUCUCAUGAGUGGACCAUUAGCUCUCUGUUCAUAUACUGCAAAUGUCUGAGUCUUCUAUGUAAUAUGUGACACUUGGCUUAGUGUCAUCAUAAAAUCAUUGACACACACAUCCAUGUAUAUGUAAUAUGUAAUUGUAUAAAGCACUGUUUUAUAAAACACAUUUCUUUAUCAAUUAAACUGUUAUCAUGUAGUUUACCACAAAAGAGAGGUACAAACAAAUAUAAACAAAUCUGAAAAUAUUCUGAUUUUUCUGACCUUUCUGACAAACACACUUUCUGUUGUAUUAAAACAACCACACUAAACAAUUUGUUCCUGUUUAUCUAUGUAUGCAUAAUACAUAUGUGACUGACUACAUGUAAGCUGAUAUUUAGUCUUGUGAAAUACCACUGAAUUUCUUCAUUGAUUUUUCUCACAAUUUCUAGUGUCAUGGGUUUUAUGGCAAUCAAUUUGAUUGGUAAGUUUAUUAAAAGUUCUUGAAAUUAUCUAGGAUUUUAAGUUUAUUCUCAUCUGUAUAGCUUUAUUAAAAGUGAAGAACUAUGGUUCAAAAAUCCCAAACACUUGAAUAAAACUGAGAAAGAAUGAACAAGAGAUAAAAUCUGUUUUAGCGUGCAGACAUAAAUAAAUAUAAUUUCAAUAUCUG